GGCUGCAGUGAACUCUGAUAGUGCUGCUGCACUCCAGCCUGGGUGACAGAGCGAUCCUGUCUCUAAAAAACAGGAAAAAUAUGACUAAAGAAAACCAAACUCAUCUAAUCUAUACAGUGAAAAAUAGUGGGCUAUCAUUCUUAUGCUAAUGUAAGUAUGCGUCAUUUUAAGAAGAGUUGUGUGUGUAUGUGUGUGUAUCUGUGGGUGUGUGUGUGUGCAUGAUAUAAAUCCAGACUUCUAAACGAGUGUCUGGGAUGGUGGUAUUAUUAGUAGAAGAUCAUUGGAACCUGUUACACAAGGAUGCACUAGAAAAUUUUACAAACUAUUAAAUUCUGUGUAAUUUAAAAUGUGACUUGAUUUACUCAGAUAUUUUACAAGGAUACAUGUCUCUUACAAAACAAGAUUUACUAACUUUGGUGCUCUUAACAUUGAGAGUGGAUAAUUCUUUGUUGUGGUGGCUGUCCUGUGCCUUGUAUGAUGCUGAAUGGAAUUGCUGGACUCAAGCUUCUAGGUGCCCGUCGUAUACACAUCCCUGUUUUAAAAAAAGCGUGUAUAAAUUUAAGGGGCACAAGUGCUGUUUAUUACAUGGAUAUAUUGCAUAGUGAUGAAAUCUGGGUUUUUAGUGUAACCACCACCCGAAUAACAUGCAUUGUAUCCGUUGAGUAAUUUCUCAUUCCUCAUCAUCCUACCACCCUCCCAUCUUUUUGAUUCUCCAUUGUCUAUUAUUCCACUCUCUAUGUCCAUGUGUACACAUUAUUUAGCUCCCACUUAGGAGUGAGGACAUAUUGUUUUUGACUUUCUGUUUUCGAGUUGUUUCACUUAAGAUAAUGGCCUCCAGUUCCAUUCAUGCUCCUGCAAAAGACAGUUUCGUUCAUUUUAUGGCUGAAUAAUAUUUCAUUAUGCAUAUAUACCACAUUUUCUUUAUUCAUUUAUCCAUCGAUGGAUGCCUAGCUGGAUUCCAUAUCUUUGCUAUUGUGAAUACUGCUGUGUUAAACAUAUGCAUGCCAGGUAUCCUUUUGACAGUGAUUUCUUUUGAUUUGGGUAGAUACCCGGCAGUGGAAUUGCUAGAUAAGAUAGUAGUUCUAUUUUUAGUUCUUUGAGGACUCUCCGUAUUGUUUUCCAUAGAACUUAUACUAAUUUACUUUCCCAUCAACAGUGUGUAUGAGUUCCUUUAUCUCUGCAUCCUCAUCAACCUCUAUUAUUUUUUGAAUUUGACAUCCACAAAUGUCUCCAGACAUUCUCAGAUAUUCCCUUGGGAGUAAAAUCCAUCCCAGUUAAAAACUUCUGUUAUGAAAUGAGGUGUACUUAUUCCAAGUUUUACAUGGGGAAUUUCACUGGUUUUUGGAUUCUAGUAGCCCUGACGUGUACGCUGGGCAUAACCAGAUAAGGAAAACUGGGCAAAGUGUGCACUAAGAGAUAGUAAGCACAUUAUUCUGGAAGAUGUUUUUCAUAACCAGAAUAGACUUUAUGAAUUCUAUCAGUUGUAAUGAGAAUCGGAUUGACAUUUGGGGACAGUCAGUAUAACGCACGCUAUCCAAAAGGAGGUGGCAUUGAUUUAUAUAAGUGAGAGCUUACGAGAAAACAAAGACAGGAAAUAAAGAAAAAGAAAAUCCCUGAUAAGUAUCUGAUAGAACAAAGUGCAGAACGAAAUGCAGCUAGCUUAUCUAAAAUUGGGCAAAAUCAUGUUCCAAAUGAAAGCUCAGUAGAUGGGAAGAGAGUAUUUGAACAUUUGAUGUGAAGAAUGAGAUUUACUGUUCCACAGAUACGAACACAUUGAUGAGAGCUGUCAGUUAUUAGAACUUAUUAACAUCAGUGGGAACACCAGAAAUGUGCUGCACAGAAAAUUAAAUUUAAGACUCAUUGAAAAUGGUGUUAUAUUUUCUGAACUGUUACAUUGAUUGAUUAAAAUUAGAUUCUCCAACAAAAUAGGAACUUUUAAUAUUCUAGGAGUGAAUAUGAGAUGAAUUUAGGUGGAAAAUGUGUUUUAAAAAGAUGUAUUAUUAACCUCAGAGAUUCAGAAUUAAUGUCACCAACCCCAAAGAAUGCAGUAUAACAUUUGUUAUAAAUGACCUCAUAAUAGGUUAUUUUGUAUUAUCGUUUUAAAUUUUGAUAAUAAAUGGGCACAUUUUACACCUUUUAUAAUAAAAGGGUAUAUGCAAAACCAGUUAUUUUUAUUCCAAUGUUAAUAAAAUAGCAAUAAACCUCAUUUCGUUUGAAGUGCCAACUUCCACUCCAUAUGAAAUUUCUAAAAGUCUGGGAGAUAUGCACCAUCUAGUUAAGAAGAUUUUCAUUCUAUAAAAUUGUAUAAUGCAGUGAAUCCUGUUCUUUUCCCAUAUACAUUUAUUUAAUAUUUAUAUUCGAUACAAGGAAUCUGUAUUAUUUUCAUUAAGCUACUCAUAAACAUAAGUCUUUUACUUCUUCUUGGGUACAUUUUUAAAAAUUUGGUUACAUUUUUGAGAUGUCGAUGCCGUGGUUAAAAUAUUCCAACUGAGUAACGGGUUGGGUUUACAAGAAGUUUUUGCUCUACAAGGAAAUAGGUCAAUAAAUUAGACUCCAGUCAAUUAUAGGAUAAAAGAAAAAGUUAAUUUAUUAUGUAUUAUUGCACACAGUGUUUGAUGUAUGUAUGCAAAUUGCUCCCAAAUACAGUUUGGUUGCAGUUGUGCUCCACAUUUAUGGUGGAUGUAAUUUUGAAUAUGUGCAGUGCAGAGAGAGCAUAUUCUGACCUCAUUCAUCAAAUGUGAUGCAAAUGUGUAGAAACAGCAAGGUCAUUUUCGUAUGAUGAGAAAAUGUCUGUUUGAAAGUAAACGCAUCCACCCAUCCAUCCAAAGGUUGCAUUUUCUCAAUUCCCAGUUCUAAAUAUGUGUGUGUGUGUGUGUGUGUGUGUGUGUGUGAGAGAGAGAGAGAGAGAGAGAAUCUAGUGCAAUUUUGUUGUUCUACUUUGUUCCAGGUUUGACAUUUUAGUGAUUGAACCUAAAAUACCUUGAUUCUUACCCUCUAAUUUUACAAAUAAAAUCUGGUUUGCUGUUAUGGAUUGAGCUGUGUUAUGGAUCGAAUUGCAUUCCCCGAGAAGAUAUAUUGAAAUCCUAACGCCCAGUACCUCAGAUUGUGAUCUUAUUUUGAAAUAAGGUCUUUGCAGAUGUAAUUACAAUGAGGUGAUUCAAGUGGCCCUCAUUCUAUAUAACUGGUGUUGAAACCACCAUGAGAACACACAGACACUCACAAGGUGAAGAUGGCCAUCUCAUGGCGGAAGCAGAGGUUGGCAUGAUGCAACUACAAAAAAGGGAAUCCCAAGGAUUGCUGGCAACCCCCUGAAUUUAGAAGAGACAGGAAAGCAUCCUCACCAAGAACCCUCAGAGGGAGCAUGGCCAACAUCAUGAUUUUGAACUUCUAGACUUCAGAACUUUGAGAGGGCAUAUUCCUGUUUCCUGAGAUGUAAGGCUUGUGAUCCUUUUUGACAGUAACUCUAGGAAACUCAUACACCAAGGCACAGAGUUCUUUAUUUAAAUCCAUUUUUUUCAUUUGAAAAUAUUUAUUUGACAAAAACUGCAUAUAUGGCAAAACUGUAUAUAUGGCAAGUGUCCAGUAACGACUGGAUGUACGUAUACAUUGUGUAACAAUGAUCACAUUAAUGAACAUAUAAUAAGCAAAUUAAUGAACAUAUCACUCAUAGCCCAUGUGGUACAUAAUGGAUGGGCCCGAAGUUAUACAGCCAGCUUGGGGCAGAGCUGGGUUUGAAGGACAGACUCCUCACCCAGCCACACUUGUCUUCCGGAAUCAUGUUCCCAUAGUCAUGAGGAUUUUAGAGACUCCACUGCUCCAUGCCACUGCAUCAACACAUUGUGGAGUGGGGGACCCAUAUUUCAUUGCAGGUGUCUGAAGAUCAACAGUGGGGUUUCCCUUCCCUCAACUGUACAAUGUGUGAUUGGACCUAUCUCCAGGGCCUUUCUAAGCUAUGUGAUUUGAGAACAAUCAUCAUUAUAAUUAAGACUGUCUCAUUUUAAACCAUGAUUAGGGAUGUGAGAUGCUCUGUGUGUUUUCUAAAUAAACUUCAUCGCGACCUGGUUAAGUGUUGGAUGUGAAUUGGCAAGAGGGGGAUUACUAGUAGAAAUGGUGUAAUUUCAGACCCAUUCACAAGUAUUUACACACUGCAAGACAUCUAGAUCCUCAGAAGUCAGGUGGUAUCCUAAAAGCACGGUGUGUCAUUUAUGGUAGACAAUUGAAAUUGCACUGAAAUUAAACUUGGUGGUGGGGAGUACACUUCAUAGUGUUCAGUUUUUGCUUUCACUUUAUUCUAUGUCUGACUCUCAGGAAAUAGGAACUGCAACAUUGGGUUUCUCCCGUGUAUUUUCAACUUCAAACUCAUGCAUUAUAAACCAUUAAGCAAAUGAUCAAACACUACAUCUUUCCCAGCUCUUGUAUGGACAUACAGUUUUGUUAUUCAUGACUUCUCUUUUCUUAUCUGGGAAGAGAUCUUUCUUAACCUUUAGAAAUUGGAUUAAUGCAACCCUCUUUAACCUCACAUUUGAUGUGAAUGUCAGAACUUUUUGAAACUUAGCUGUGCUGUUAGUACACUGAUCACUGAGUGCCUGUUGCCUGGCAGGCACUGGGCUGCCCAGUGAGGGUAGGUGAGGAACAGACACCAGCUCCCUCCUGGAGUGUAUGCUCUGCUGGAGGAUAAAGACACUUCUCAAGCAAUAGCCUAAAUGCAUCUGACACCAUGAUUGUAAUCAUGGGGCUAGGAUAAUAUGAGAAUUUGUAGGAAUGGGGAUGCUGUCAGGGUUCAUGAAAAGUCUUCCCAAUGAUGAGAGAACUGCAAGUUGGGAGGAGGUAGAAAUAACGAAAGAAAUGGUUGUAGAGAUGAAUACAUUGUGGGAUGAUCGUGUUGCAGGGUGACAUCUUUGAGUGGUAAAAGGGAUAGAGUUUGGGCUCCUGCUGCAAACCCUCAGUGAUGCGUUGUAAUGGUAAGAAUUGGCUCAUUGUUUCCCAGUUUGCCUGAUUGCUGCAUCCACAAAUCCAUGGGUUCUGGGGUUAAUUCCCAUCCAUUUUAUUGCUGAAUUUCUCAGAAUGAGUCUUCGGUACAUUGUUACUGAAAGGAGUUGCUAAACCCAAUGUCUUCAUUGCUUUUGAAGCAGAUAGUCCAGUGUAGUGUUUCUCAAACAUAAGCAUCAUUGUCUCCUAGAGGGCUCGUUAAAGGCAAAUUGCUGGGACCCAUCCCAGGAGUUUCUGAGUCAGCAGAUCUGAGAUGGGACCCAUAACUCCCCAGUUGAAGUUGCCUUUACUGGUUUUGGGAUUACCCUUUUAGAACUACUGCCUUAGGGUAUUUCUAGGUUAUGUGUGCACACAUGACCUGCUUGAGUUUUGAGCUCAACGUUCUGUUUUAUUCUUUCCUGUUCAGAGGCCGGCAUCCACAGCUCUGGGUCUCAUCAUUUGCUUUUUGUCAUGCAGUUGUGCUCUACUGAUUUAUACGUUAUCUUUAUGUUUUCAGUUUCCCAGUCAAUUCAAGCCAAUGCAUAUUUAUUGGGCAUCUACCAUGUGCUAUGGACUGUGAGGGACUUAAAGAUUAAUAACAACAACCAUAAAAACUCAUUGAUAUGCUGGGCAUUAUUUAUUUCCCUAUGGCCUCCAAAUGCUUGGCUCAUAAUUCAAAACACUACAGCAACGUGAAGGCAGCAGAUUGUUUGUCACUUCAGGGAUCCACAGGUAUAUGGCUUCUCAAACGAAGAUCUGGUAAUUCCAGACUGCAUGCAGCUAUUCUUCCUUUAAAAACUGAGAAACCAUGCAUACAACAUCUUUUCUUCCUUCUUCGUUUAUACAUUCGAUAACUAUGUACUGCCAUCUUACUUUGAGAAGGUCAUCACGCCAGAUACCAUCAGUGAUAGAAACACGGAUAAGAUUCAACCUCUGAUCCCAGGGAGAGCAGACUCUCAGUAAGGAAGACAAAAUGAUAAAUGAAAAUACCUAUAUUACAAAGCAUGCACAUCACACAUUCCAUAAGUGAGUAAAAACACAGACCUUGGCAGCACAGAAUCUUGUUUUCCAUUUGUGUCAUUUUGGACACUGCAUUGGUUAUCUAUUGCUGCAUAAAAAGUUCCUCUAAACCUUAGGUUAAAACUGCAAGCAUUUAUCAUCUCAUGCAUUUCUAUACAUCAGGGAUUCAGGAGCAGUGUAGCUGGCCAGUUCUAGUUUAGGGUCUCUCAUGAUGUUGCGGUCAAGUUGUAGACAGGGCUUGCAGUUUUAUGAGGGUGUUGGAGAAUCUCACUUACGUGUUACUUGGCAGGAGGCUUCAGUUCUUGGCCAUGUGGGCUUCUCCCUAGGGCUAGACAUGUGACAUUAACAGCUGGCUUUUCUGAAAGUGAGGAGAGAAAGAGGGAGGCUGAAAGGGAGUCUAAGAUGAAAGCCACACACUCUUAGAACUUGAUCUUGGAAGUGACACCUUGUCACUUUGGCACUUGAUUUGGAGGUGACACCUUGUCACUUUUGCUACAUGCUAUUGGUUGUUCAAAUCAAAUCUGGCACCAUGUGGAUAAGGAUUGCAGGAAGGUGUUAAUAGCAGGUGUCAAUUGGCCAUCUUGGAAGCUAGACUAUCACCAGAAGCUCUUCCAAAGGAGGUGGCUCACGAGCUGCAUAGAAUUUUGUCGUAAGGACAAAGGAGAAAGUGUGAACAAAUACAUAGGUACAGCAGGUGUUGAGGAAUAGGGUGUGUUGUGUUGAGUGUUGUCUCAAGGGCAUGUUGAGUUUGAGUUUGGGUGAUGAAAUUGAAAUCAGAUCAUUUCAGGUGGUGCAACUCGAUGGUAAGCCUUAUAGAUAUUAUUCUGUAGGCAAUGGGGCAAUCAUAUUAGGACUUUUGCAGAAUUAUUUAAGGAAUAUCAGUUUCAUGAUAGUAGAGGUAGUGAUAGAAGACAGAACGUCAGUAAUGCAAGUUGAGAUCUACUUAUAGAUUCAACUGUGGUAGAGAUUGAGGAAAUGGGGAAGGCAUGAGGCUCUGCAGAGGCAUUGGAAGGAUGAUACUGAUAGAACCUUGCAAACUAUUGGAGAGAGGCCAAGACAAUGAAUAACCAUACAAGGUUGCAGUUAUGGGUGGAGUUGUCCAGUUAAGAAAAGGGAGAGAGUUCAGAGGUAGGUGAAGGUCAGUAUUAUUAGUAUUAUUAGAUGCAGUAUUAUCAGAUGCUUGUCAAAAAAAAAAAGAAGUAAAUUAAGCGUAUAAAACACUUUAAAACAGGUAUAUAGAAAGUGUUGAAGGCAGCCCUGACAUUACUUAUCUUUGGCCCAUCCUUGUCUUUCUCCUUCAUAGUCUAAAAUGUUUUACAAAGGACUGUUUCUCAUGACACUGAGAAUGAACCCCAAAUUCCUUUCACUGACCUAUUCCACUUUUAUACAGUAAGCCUCUUACUCACUUCUCCAGCUUCAUCCCAGGCCAUCCUCUUCUCACUGCACUGCUGUCCCAGUCCUCUUUCGGUUUUGUGAUCUAACUGAGCGGGUACAGUGUUAGGACAUUUUUGUGUGCCACUUCCUUUGGCCAGAACACCCUGUCCUGUUCCCAUUUAAAGUGGUUUCCACCCUCGGUUGUGUUCUUAUUCAACCCAUUAUUUACUUUCUUCUCUGAGCUCACCUGAUCUUGAAGGCUUUUUUAUUCUUUGUCUUAUUAUGGAUAUGUGUGGAGGAUCCAGGGAGUUAGUGAAUUUUUCUCCGCAUUCUGUAAACAUGUGUAUUGCAUGAAUCUGGAAUAGAUCAGCACUCACUGGGUAUUUAUUAAAGAAAUGAGUAGUUGUAAGACUGUAGAUUUUCACUGGAUGAAUGAGAAAAUCAAAUGUUGUCUGGUAAAAACAGGUGUUAAGUCAGCUAUCACAGUUUUCUGGGACAUGCAGUCAAGCCAGAGAGACUCUGAGGGAAGGCCGUCUUUCAUUGUAUAAUCAACCCACUGUAGAGGAAGGUUCCUCUCUCACCUAAGGGAACAUGGAUCUUCCUUGAUUGUUCACUUUGGUAUUUCUAAAUUAGCACGAUUUACCAAAAAUGUUUGGGUCACUCAGUACAUGCAUGUGAUUUAUUUCUAAAUGGCUAUCUUAAAAAAAAUCUUCCUCAUCUGUAUUAAUGUCCCUAGAGUUUUUACAUUUUUUAGCCUGUAUUUCAUUAAAGAUGAUGUCAUAGAAAAUUUUUGUCAAAUUUCUCAUUCUGGUCUGUGCCUGGAAGAUUGAGAGUGAUGCAGUCUAAGAAAGUUCAGGAUUUUGAAGUUUAAUCAUUUACAUUCUAACACUAAAGCUAUAAAUCUGCUGUGCAGUGUUGCUUACUUCUACUGCUCACUGGAUGGAUAAGUCUAUGUGCUUUUUAAAUUUCUUAUAAAGAUUUGGGUCAAAACUAGCAGUGUGGUCAAUAAACUAAUUUCUUGAGAGUUUAUCAGAAUUGUGGGAUGAUUUGGGAGGAGCAGAAUUGUGCAAAAUCAAUCCUCUAUUUUUAAACUUAUUCUUCUAAAAUUCUAAACAGAAAUUUUUUAUUCAUUAAUAUUUUCUUGAUUUCAUAAUGCUAAAAAUUAAGUAAAAUGAAUGUUGUGUUAAGAAAUGGGAGCAAAUCCAAGACAAAAAAUCAGAUGAUUUAUUAAAUUUGCGACUUAAAAAAAAACACAGUUUGAAAGAUUGCUCUGUUUGAGGAAAGGACAUAAAAUUUUGUUGAGAUAACUUAGGGUAUAAAUCAAGGUCAUUUAUGUUCAUUUGAACAUUCAUACUCACAUCUGGAAAUAUCCAGAAUGACCACACUAAAUCCUGCAGGUAAAUUCUUUUCUCAGCUAAGCAUGCCAUAUUGUUGUAGUUAAUCAAGAAAUCUACCAAAAUUAAAUUUGUCCUCCUACUUUUUAGCUUAGAAAUUUAGGGGAUCACUGGGACUCAAAAGAAAAUUCAAUAAAUAAUGGUCCAUCCUAGGGUUACUUCUUUUUAACUUAAAAAUCCCUCUGAGAUAUCCUCAGGUUUUAAAAAUAGCUUUUUAUUUUCCUGUUUUUGUGUGUGUUUGUGUAGGCCUACAUGUUCAUAUUAGUCAUCAGUGUUGUCAGAACCUUGGCUAGCGUCAUAGUCCAGACCUCUUGAGGUCACUUGGGGGUCGGCUACAGUUUUCACCUCUUGCUUUUCAUGGGCCCCACUCUGAGAAAGAUGCUUCUUCUCUCUCUCCUCUUUCAAGGUCAUCUUUGAGGACAUCUUCUGAAGCUUUUUCUGAGAUGCUGCCUCUUCUGAGCACAACACUGUCUAUUCUUGUAUCACCAGUAUAGGAGCUCAUGCAAUUUAUAAGUACUUGCCUUAAUGAUGCGCUCCCUGAAAGACCUUGAGGAGAGGGAUCAGGUGGCAUUCAUCUUUAGGAUCCCUUCCCUGUCCUCACAGCACAUUCAUGGUCCACGUUCAGCAAACUUUUGUACAAUGACAUGACUUAGGGUUUCUAGACAAUCUGUAUUGUAAUUUAUGUUGAUACAAAGGGAUAAUGUUAGCAUCAAAUGAAAAGUCAGAGUUCUAUCAAUGCCAUCUUGAUGAAAAUAUUUAUAUCGUUAUAUCUUAUGUCCUAGGUUUCUUCUUGACUGACUACUCAGGGCGAGUUGGAAUCGCUAUAUGUCUCUCUCUGAACCCCCAUAUCUUUAGUUGUAAUGAUGAACUUACAUGGAGAGGCUUAUUUGAAACAUCAUUAUAGUGUGGAUGAUAACCUUCUUAGUUUCCACAUCUGAUAUUCCUCCAAAGGGAACAGUGUGCUGAGAUGGAAAAAAAAAAAUCAAGUAGGUUUCCAGGGAGGCAUUUUUAAAGGCACCAUCUCAGAAGGACGAGGCAAUGGCUGCCUUGGAGUUUUCAUGAGAAAUUGUCCCUGGAGGUGUUAGAUGGUCACAGCUUCCUUGGAGCAUUGCAGUUGCUGGAAUCCAGUUUCAGGAUUAAGGGAGGGCUGCCCCCUCGCAAUGGGCUGCCAAGAAAACCGCUGUGCUUGUUCUUAACCUCAGGCUCUGUCUGUGAUCAGUCUGAGAGUCUCUCCCAGGUCUUCUGCUCCCUGGAAAGCCCUAUCUCUCUGCAGGCUUGCCUCUGGGCUUUGUCUCCUUGGAGCCACAUCACUGGGACAGCUGCGGAUGUGGAUGCAGAUUUGAACCAUGUCGCGGCCCCAGGGACUGUUAUGGCUUCCUCUGUUGUUCACCCCAGUCUGCGUCAUGUUAAACUCCAAUGUCCUCCUGUGGAUAACUGCUCUUGCCAUCAAAUUCACCCUCAUUGACAGCCAAGCACAGUAUCCAGUUGUCAACACAAAUUAUGGCAAAAUCCGGGGCCUAAAAACACCGUUACCCAGUGAGAUCUUGGGUCCAGUGGAACAGUACUUAGGGGUCCCCUAUGCCUCACCCCCCACUGGAGAGAGGCGGUUUCAGCCCCCAGAACCCCCAUCCUCCUGGACUGGCAUCCGAAAUACUACUCAGUUUGCUGCUGUGUGCCCCCAGCACCUGGAUGAGAGAUCCUUAUUGCAUGACAUGCUGCCCAUCUGGUUUACUGCCAAUUUGGAUACUUUGAUGACCUAUGUUCAAGAUCAAAAUGAAGACUGCCUUUACUUAAACAUCUACGUGCCCACGGAAGAUGAUAUUCAUGAUCAGAACAGUAAGAAGCCGGUUAUGGUCUAUAUCCAUGGGGGAUCUUACAUGGAGGGCACCGGCAACAUGAUUGACGGCAGCAUUUUGGCCAGCUACGGAAAUGUCAUCGUGAUCACUAUUAACUACCGUCUGGGAAUACUAGGGUUUUUAAGUACCGGUGACCAGGCAGCAAAAGGCAACUAUGGGCUCCUGGAUCAGAUUCAAGCACUGAGGUGGAUUGAGGAGAAUGUGGGAGCCUUUGGCGGGGACCCCAAGCGAGUGACCAUCUUUGGCUCGGGGGCCGGGGCCUCCUGUGUCAGCCUGUUGACCCUGUCCCACUACUCAGAAGGUCUCUUCCAGAAGGCCAUCAUUCAGAGCGGCACCGCCCUGUCCAGCUGGGCAGUGAACUACCAGCCGGCCAAGUACACUCGGAUAUUGGCAGACAAGGUCGGCUGCAACAUGCUGGACACCACGGACAUGGUAGAAUGCCUGCGGAACAAGAACUACAAGGAGCUCAUCCAGCAGACCAUCACCCCAGCCACCUACCACAUAGCCUUCGGGCCCGUGAUUGACGGCGACGUCAUCCCAGACGACCCCCAGAUCCUGAUGGAGCAAGGCGAGUUCCUCAACUAUGACAUCAUGCUGGGCGUCAACCAAGGGGAAGGCUUGAAGUUCGUGGACGGCAUCGUGGAUAACGAGGACGGUGUGACGCCCAAUGACUUUGACUUCUCCGUGUCCAACUUUGUGGACAACCUUUACGGCUAUCCUGAAGGGAAAGACACUUUGCGCGAGACUAUCAAGUUCAUGUACACAGACUGGGCCGAUAAGGAAAACCCGGAGACGCGGCGGAAAACGCUGGUGGCUCUCUUCACUGACCACCAGUGGGUGGCCCCCGCCGUGGCCACCGCCGACCUGCACGCGCAGUACGGCUCCCCCACCUACUUCUAUGCCUUCUAUCAUCACUGCCAAAGCGAAAUGAAGCCCAGCUGGGCGGAUUCGGCCCAUGGCGAUGAGGUCCCCUACGUCUUCGGCAUCCCCAUGGUCGGUCCCACCGAGCUCUUCAGUUGUAAUUUCUCCAAGAACGACGUCAUGCUCAGCGCCGUGGUCAUGACCUACUGGACGAACUUCGCCAAAACUGGUGAUCCAAAUCAACCAGUUCCUCAGGAUACCAAGUUCAUUCACACAAAACCCAACCGCUUUGAAGAAGUGGCCUGGUCCAAGUAUAAUCCCAAAGACCAGCUCUACCUGCAUAUAGGCUUGAAACCCAGAGUGAGAGAUCACUACCGGGCAACGAAAGUGGCUUUCUGGUUGGAACUCGUUCCUCAUUUGCACAACUUGAAUGAGAUAUUCCAGUAUGUUUCAACAACCACAAAGGUUCCUCCUCCAGACAUGACAUCAUUUCCCUAUGGUACCCGCCGAUCUCCUGCCAAGAUAUGGCCAACGACCAAACGCCCAGCAAUCACUCCUGCCAACAAUCCCAAACACUCUAAGGACCCUCACAAAACGGGGCCCGAGGACACAACUGUCCUCAUUGAAACCAAACGGGAUUAUUCCACUGAAUUAAGUGUCACCAUUGCCGUUGGGGCAUCGCUCCUCUUCCUCAACAUUUUAGCCUUUGCGGCUCUGUACUACAAAAAGGACAAGAGGCGCCAUGAGACUCACAGGCGCCCGAGUCCCCAGAGAAACACCACAAAUGAUAUCGCUCACAUCCAGAAUGAAGAGAUCAUGUCUCUGCAGAUGAAGCAGCUGGAACAUGAUCACGAGUGUGAGUCGCUGCAGGCACACGACACGCUGAGGCUCACCUGCCCACCAGACUACACCCUCACGCUGCGCCGGUCGCCAGAUGACAUCCCACUUAUGACGCCAAACACCAUCACCAUGAUUCCAAACACACUGACGGGGAUGCAGCCUUUGCACACUUUUAACACCUUCAGUGGAGGACAAAACAGUACAAAUUUACCCCACGGACAUUCCACCACUAGAGUAUAGCUUUGCCGUAUUUCCCCUCCUAUCCCUCUGCACCACCUGCUCAGCAACAUAGAAGAGAUAAAGAGAGAGAGAAAGAAAGUCUCCAAACCAGGAAUGUUUUUGUCCCACUGACUUAAGACACAAAUGCAUAAAGGCAGUCAUCCCAUCCCAGCAGACCCUUCUCGGUGUUUUCCAGUAUUACGAGAUCGACUUCUGACCCUAUGAAAUGUGAAAGGUACACAUUUCUGUUAAAAUACUGCUUUAAGAUCUCUACCACUCCAACCGAUGUUUAGUGUGAUAGGACAUCACCAUUUCAAGGACCUGGGUGUUUCUAACAUCAUGGAAGCAGCUGACACUUCUGAAACUCACCCAAGGACACUGAAUAUUUUUUAAUUACAAUGGAAAUUUAAACAUUUCUUUCUGUGCCACACAAUGGAUGGCUCUCCUUAAGUGAAGAAAGCGUCAGUGGGCUUUUGCCCAGCACAUGGAGCUGUAAUCCAGAGAGAAGGAAACGUAGAAAUUUAUUAAAAUAAAAGAAUGGACUAUGCAGUGAAAUCUGUAUGGUUCUGUACAAAGAGGUGUUUUGCCAGCCUGAACUAUAUUUAAGAAACUUUGUAAAAAUUAAAAAUGUAUAUAGCUGUGAGUUUAAACAAAACCACAAACAGACAAACAAGAAAAAAAGCUUUUAUUGGUGUUUUCAGUUUGAAAGAGCUUUUAGCAAGGUUGUGCUUUUCAUUGUGCUCUGUAUGUAUAUAAAUAUAUAUAUAUACACAUUAGUCAUAUCAGCUCUGUUCCUCCCCAACAAAAGAGGCUUUUCUUCUUAAUUACUUGUGGUAAACAAAGACAUGGGAUUUUCUUACAUGAGAUUCUCAUUUGUAGGAGGAUGUGAUGUCCCACAGAAGACCCCGACGGUCUGUGUGGCCUAUUUCCCCCGUCAGGUUGCACAGGUGCAUGCAAGAGCAUUCUUAGGAGACCAUUGUUUUGAAAAACUUUGACUCGUAUGUGUUAGCCCUCAUGAAAUUGCAGUACAGAGAUGGGUCCCCAAAGUGGAAUGUAUUUACAGCUUGUUAAAUUAGAGACAUGCACACACAGAGAAUCAGCAGGGAGAAACAAAAAUACAAGUCCCAUUCUGUAGCUCUGGCCCUUUGAAUAUGUUUAGGAAGAGUUGCUUCCCAUUUCAGGGCCCUGCCAAAAAAAGAAGAAAGCUUGCCUUUGGUGGGGCUAUGCCCUGUGGAGUAAAUACGGCUCUGUGUUCCCUAGCAGCUGCGGGACGGUUUGGCCGAUGAAGUACCUGCUCAGCUUAGCUAAUCAGAUUGAAGGAAGACAUGUGUCUUUCCUUUUUGUUUAAGCACUCGGUCCCUUAUUUAUCAGUAAGCAGGUUUUUAAAAAUUUUUUGUAUCAUUUAUGGGAUCAAACAAAUGAUUGUCUGAAAAUAUCACUUUUUGUGAAUUUGUAUAUCUGGUCACCAAACGAUGAAUAUUAUGGAAGAAUGGGGGAAGAAAAGGAUAGAACAUUAAAACUGCUUUGCAUGGGUUUUCUGGGAAAUUAGGAUAACUUCACUGAGAAGACAUUGAAUGGAAAUUAUUCACCCAUUUUAAGUUGGUGACCUAGGGAUCAGAGAUUUUUCUUUCCAAUAGCUUGUCAUUUUCUCAUUUCUCUUCUCAUUUUCAGGAAAGUUUUGAGUGUUAUAAGGUGGAAGGAAACAUAGUAGCAACAGUUACUUUAUAUUUUGUCUUUCAAAAAUUAUUGCAUUACCAAGAAACAGUAGCCAAAGAUAUUUGAAGAUCAUGUCCCUCGGCUCCAUUGUGGGUUAUUCUAGAAAUCCAGUCUUAAAUCUCUCUGCUAAAGUGGACAUUCCUCAUAAAAAUUGUCCAGCUGCCUGGCUCUUUUGCAAUAACAGCCUUUGAUUACUGAAUCCCUACACUCAAACUAUAGUGAUGUAUCAGUGUUUGAGAGUGACCUCUAGAAAAAAGAAAAGUGUUUUUAGAAAUGCAUAAAAGUCAUCCCCAAAUCCUAUUGCUUAUCUUGGGUUAAAUUUGAGAGUGAUUCUCUGUAUAUAAAUAUGUGAAAUAUUAUUAUCUCAACUUAGCACACGUGAAGCAACAUUUCUUUCCUACAGAGAGGUGUCAUGGUAAGAUUUCAUUCCCAAUUCAUUGUUUCAUAGAGCUAUGAUCAGGCCAUUUCUGCAAGCAGUGUAUUACCCCACCUGAGCAACCACAAAUAGGCUCUCCGUGAAACUACAAAGGAAGUGAUGUGUGGCACCCAUGCUGGUUUCGUCUGUCUGUAAUGUGAAUUCCAGUAUUUGUUUAGUAUUUCCAAUUGUCUCCUGCUAGCAAUAUGUACAGUAACGCGUCAGGCUUGUGACAUUUGAAUAAGGAAAAACAGAGUUCCUGUUAAGUGAAUAACUUUAGCUUUUACAGGGGAUUAUGAUCAAAAGUGAUUUAGUACAUCUUAAAUGAUAUCUUAUUUCUACAUGGAAAGAAGUUAUAGAAUCUUCAUAGAGUUCUAUGAGAAAAAAAUAUACUUGCUAUCUAUGAAAAAGAGAAAAAAGAAAAAAAAUGAGAAAAAUAAGAAAAAAAAAUCGUUUCCUAGGCUUUUAUUCUUGAUCUUCAAAGGCACGCAGGGUUUAAUGGUUCCUUGGGUUAUUAUUUUGCAAUUUUGUUUUUUAUUUUGCCUUAAGUAAUGUUAGAAGAUAUAUAUGGCCGGACACAUAUGUAUAAACUUUUCAGCAGCAUUUUUAAUAAUAAAAUAUCACAGUAUUUUCUAA